GUGAAAUCAACGGGAGUCCUGCAUCGCUUUCCUCACCGCGACAACAGUGCAGCCCAAACAGCUACCACUCUAUCAUGAUAUCUCGCAUUAGAGUUGCCCGACUGUGCUCUGCUUGUCGAUAUGAUCUCCAAAAUGUCUUUGAGACGGCCUUCUCCAAUUCGGCGCCUGCGCUAACAACACUCUCUCGUCCACGUCAACGACUGAAGUCUCCACGCCCGUCAAUCAGGCCUUACACGCAGGCUGCAUCUAGACUGACCCAGCAGUCCGCAUUCGAACCUAAUGAUUCCGCCGAAGCCCCUCUCACGAACGACCACAUUUCUUCAGGUCUCUAUGCUCGAUUGGAAAGAUUAAUUGAGCUUGAACGGCGGGUCGACGAAGCCGAACGCAGAUUCUAUGAUCAGCAUAUCGAUGCUGGCGAAGACGAGACUGAUGUCAAUGAGGCCGAGACUGACGAUCAGGGCUAUCCUCACCCCCUGACAACCCAAAGAGCACGCGACCUCCUUGUCCAAAGGGCACAAGGUUUAGUUGCCACCCUCCGAACCUCGGGUGCAUCGCCAGAAGCCAUUGCCAGAGAGGCGAGACAGAUCUUCGGAGAAACAUUACCGUCAGAUGUUCUGGAUGAGCAAGAGACCAAGAUAUACACAAGAUUCUAUGGCGAGCCGGUCCUUGAGCCGUUCGGGGAUGAGGAGGAGGAUGCGGGUUACGUCGAUUCCGUGCUUGAGCCUGGUACGAUGAGGUUGUUCGAUGAGAAUGGACAGCCCGUUGAACUUGAUGACGUGGAAGAAGCAGAGCUCACGUUAGACGACGAGGGGUCGGAAGUUGCAGAUGCUGAAGAGGUUUCUGUUGCUCCUGGUCCUAAGCUCAACUUCGCCACAGACCAACUCCCCCCAACCUUGAUGGUGUCGCAUCUGCAGAGACUGGAGGAAAUUGCACGGAACCUUGAUGGAGAGGUCGUAGAAGAGGACUCUGCGGCUCAAGAGGAAGAGCUACAAGAGGCCCAUGCAAAAUUACACCCUUUUACUCGGUUGGGCAAGUUCGCCAGUAGCCCUGGUAACGUCUUGCUUCCUCGGGAACGGUUUGUUACCCUGGUUGAGGAGAUCAUGACCAGAUACUCGAAUAAACACCUCAAAGAGAUUUGCGAGAAAACGUUUGGUGGGCCUGGGUUACCGGAUUCCCCUCUUACACCACGGUCGGGUCGUUCGAGGGAACAGGUCCCCAUCCCGCUUGCGGCUGCAGACCACAAUAUGGGGGAGAUGGAGGCCAAUGCCUUUAUCACUACAGUGAUGCCUCCAACGUAUGCCUCAAUCAUGUCGGUCCUGGUUGAGACACGCAAGCGGCUCGGACCAACGUGGCUCAACAAUUUACUAGCAAAGGAAGGCGGGCCCCGAGUGCUGGACGCUGGUGCUGGAGGGGCAGGGAUACUGGCGUGGCGUGAACUUAUUCAAGCCCACUGGAGUACCCUUCAUUCAUCAGACCAGGAACCACCCGCUCCCCCGGCCACAAAAUCUGUGGUCCUGACUGGUUCGCACACGCUCAGGCAUCGAGCUGCGGAGCUACUCGACAAUACAACGUUCAUUCCUCGGCUGCCCGAUUAUGCCCACCUGCGCGAGGGCACUACUCUGGAAGAUGACCGUCCUGACGUCCAACGGAAGCAGUUCGACGUGAUUAUUGCCCCCCACAUGUUAUUUGGGCUGAAGGAAGAAUUCAUGCGAAGAGAAAUGGUGCAGAAUCUGUGGUCGAUGCUAAGUUCAGACGGCGGCAUCCUCAUCAUCAUCGAAAAGGGCAUCCCACGCGGAUUUGAAGCCGUGGCCGCUGCACGUGACCUCCUAUUACACAAGUACAUUGCUAUUCCCGAAGGACGCACAACACACUACAGUAACGCACAAGAUGAUUCUUCGACUUCAGGCAGAAAGCCUGGUAUGAUUGUGGCUCCUUGUACCAAUCAUGAGCAGUGCCCAAUGUACCUUGUUCCUGGAAAGUCUCACGGUCGAAAAGACUGGUGUGCUUUUCAACAACGGUACACGCGGCCUUCAUAUCUGCAGCGCGUUUUGGGGGCUCGAGAUCGAAAUCACGACGAUGUAGACUUUUCAUACAUCUCGGUCAUGAAAGGGGAUGAUCUACGGAACAGGAAGAUUCAAGCAUGGGAAGGACUUGAAGACGCUCUGGCAGCUCCGUCCAUUCCAGGCGCUCAAGGGGAGGGGGUCCAGGGUCAAGCAUGGAUGCGUCAAGCUCAAAUUGGAUUCGAAGAAGUCGAGCCCAAAACGACGUUGGAAGAUUUCAAUUCCAUGGAUGCGAACCGCGGCGCGUUGGACAGCAUGCCCGCUCCGUGGAAUCUUCCACGCUUGAUCAUGCCGGCUUUGAAGCGCAAACAACACAUCAUCAUGGACGUAUGUACGCCGCAUGGCCGAAUUGAGCGAUGGACUGUGCCUAAGUCGUUCGGGAAGCAGGCAUACCACGACGCUCGUAAGAUCCAAUGGGGCGACUUAUGGGCUCUUGGUGCAAAGACGCGCAUUGAUCGAGGCGUCAAGGUCGGACGACCAGACAGCAAAGAGGGAAACAAGGCAAGACGGCAAGAGAGCUUGCGGGAAAAUUCAGCAUCGCUGCAGGAGGAAUUGGACGAAGAUGAGAUCAAGGAGAUGUUGGAGGCCGCUGGAGAGGAGCCAGAUUUGGAAGAUAUCGUGGAUGGUGGCGAGAUACGGAAACGCCAAGAUCCGACAGAAGCGAGAAGUCGAAAACGAGAGGCCUUGAGAUUGAAGAAAGAGCAUCGAAGUGGAGGAAAAGGUGCAAAGGCGGAAUUGAAGUCAAGCAAAGGCGCUGGCGGGAUCUUUGAGACGUUCAGUUUUGGAAUGGACGAAUCUCAGGCUAGGGAAAUUGAUCCGACGAUUGGCCGGAGAGUUGUGGAAGCAAAGGCCAAUGGUCCUCCUCGCGGAGGCCGGGCACGACAAGAGGUGGUCAAGCCAGGUGGACGGCGGCCAGGUCUUUUGGACGAGAUUGAUGCUCUGAGUCGAGAACAGCUGGAUUUGCUUCAAGACUGGGGUGCAGAUCUUGUUGCCGAAGACCCAACCAAGAUUAGAGGGGGUCGACCACCAGGACGACUGGUGAACAAGUUUGGCGGAGGAUCAAAGUUGCGACGACGAAGGGGUGACAGCGGUGAUUCUCGAAAGUGACGACGAUGUACAACACAAUAUUCAACCUUGUAGAAUUGAUGCAGGAAGCCUUGGCUGAGGAUAUAUGUUCUCUUAGUGACCAUGUACUAUUAGUGCCGGUGUGCCAAUACC